AUGGACAGAAACAGGCGUGUGGAACAGACCAACUUGGAAACAGAGCACUGUCUGAGUUGGCUCGACACUCAGAAACACAACUCAGUCUUGACAUUUGUUUCGGCAGUCUUAUACCAUUUUACGACGUUCAAUUGCUUGAGAUUGCGGAAGCUCUCCAACAAUCAGGCUACCGCUUCGUUUGAGUCGUUAGAAAACGGGGAGAAAAUCAAGAAGAAAGUUGGUUGCCAAAGGGUUUCGAACAGACGGCGAAGAAAAGUAACAAGGGUGUGA